UAGGCAGCCGGAGCAGCUGGAGGGGACCAUGGCCAACGGUGAACGCAUCUUCAUUGCCAUCAAGCCUGAUGGGUUCCAGCGCAGCCUCGUGGGAGAAAUCAUCAAGCGUUUUGAGCAAAAGGGAUUCCGCCUCAUUGCUAUGAAAUUAAUUCAGGCUUCUGAAGACCUUCUCAAGGAGCACUACAUCCACCUGAAGGACCGUCCCUUCUUUGACGGCUUGGUCAAGUACAUGCAGUCAGGGGCCGUGGUUGCCAUGGUCUGGGAGGGCCUGAACGUGGUGAAGACGGGCCGAGUGAUGCUUGGGGAGACCAACCCUCCAGACUCCAAGCCUGGGACCAUUCGUGGGGACUUCUGCAUCCAAGUUGGCAGGAACAUUAUCCACGGCAACGACUCCGUGGAGAGUGCGGAGAAGGAGAUUGGCUUAUGGUUCCAGCCUGAAGAGAUGGUGUAUUACAAGAGCUGCUCUCAGAGCUGGAUCUACGACGAGUGACAGGAGAGCAGACCUCCAUGCUUUGUUCAUUCCGUUCCCUCUCCCUCCGCUGAGCAGGGGCCCAGGCUCUCACAAAUUCACUUAAUUUUGAGAACUU